AUCUUUAUAUAGCGGGUCCCUGUGGCUUGCCUGCCUCUGUAAACAAACGACGAUGGGAGGAAAAACAGUAGCCUAUUUUUACGACCCUGAUGUGGGCAAUUUCCACUACGGUCCUGGCCACCCUAUGAAACCGCACCGUUUAUCCAUCACACACAGCCUGGUCCUCCAUUACGGACUGUACAAGAAGCUGCAGAUUUAUCGUCCGUACAGAGCGAACUUCCACGACAUGACCCGGUUCCACUCAGAAGAAUAUAUUGAUUUUUUAAUGAGGGUUUCUCCACAAAACGUUCAAAACUUCACCAAUAAUCUCGGACAGUUCAACAUGGCCGACGACUGCCCAGUGUUCGACGGCUUAUAUGACUUCUGCUCCAUGUACACGGGGGCGUCGUUAGAGGGGGCUGUUAAGCUAAACCACAGCUGCUGUGACGUGGCCAUCAACUGGUCAGGAGGGCUGCACCAUGCCAAGAAAUUCGAGGCCUCUGGUUUUUGUUAUGUCAAUGAUAUUGUUAUUGCUAUUCUGGAGAUGCUGAAGUACCACCCUCGAGUGCUGUACAUCGACAUUGACAUCCACCAUGGUGACGGAGUACAGGAGGCCUUCUACCUCACCGACCGGGUCAUGACUGUCUCUUUUCACAAAUAUGGGAACUAUUUCUUCCCUGGCACAGGGGACAUGUUCGAGAUAGGCCAUGAGAGCGGUCGGUACUACUCUGUCAACGUGCCCCUCAAGGAAGGAAUCGACGACGCCAGCUAUACCCAGGUGUUCAAACCAGUAAUUGAGGCUGUCAUAGAGUACUACAGGCCCACAGCAAUCGUCCUCCAGUGUGGCGCGGACUCCCUCUCCGGAGACAGACUGGGCUGCUUCUCUCUCUCCACCAAGGGACAUGGAGAGUGCGUCAACUUCACGAAAAAGUUUGGAGUACCCCUCUUAGUCCUGGGGGGCGGGUACACCCCCCGCAACGUGGCGCGCUGCUGGGCCUACGAGACAGGCCUACUUGUCGACACAGAUAUGCCUACUGAGAUUCCCUACAACACAGAAUACUUCCAAUACUUCGCCCCGGACUUCUCCUUGCACCCGGAGGUCAUAACGAGGCAGGAGAACGGGAACAGCCGCCAGUACCUUGAAACAAUAAUUAAACACGUAUCGGACAACCUCAAGAUGGUCCAACACGCGCCAAGUGUACAGAUGCAGGAUGUGCCCCCCGACGGCCUGCCCAUUAAGAAGGAGGAGCAGGACGAGCUGGACCCAGACACUCGUAUGCACACCAGCGAGGAGGACAAGAGAAUUGAGCCAGAGAAUGAAUUUUUUGAUGGAGAGAGAGAUAAUGACAAGGAAGAGGAGACUGACACCACCACCACCACCACCUCCACCACCACCACCACCACCACCUCCACUAUCAACUAAACGGGGUCUCUCUCUCUCUCUCUCUCUCUCUCUCUCUCUCUCUCUCUCUCUCUCUCUCUCUCUCUCUCUCUCUCUCUCUCUCUCUCUCUCUCUCUCUCAUUAUUGCUAUCAAAUCAUUUUUUUAAUAUCAUAAUUCACAUUGACAAAAAAGAAGAACCCUCAUUUUAAUAUUAAUGAAUCAUUUCCAUCAAUAAUAAUAACAAUAAUAAUAAUAAUGAUAAUAAUAACGAUAAUAAUAAUAAUAGAUUUGAAUUAAUUAGUGUUUGAAUUUGGCGCCAUGUCUGUGAUUGGAUGUUGCGCCGUUCUCAUUAUUGUUAUUAUUACUGUUGUUAUUAUUAUUAUUAUUAUUAUUAUUAUUAUUAUUAUUAUUAUUAUUAUUAUUAUUAUUAUUAUUAUUAUUAUUAUUAAGAAUCAUCGUGUUUGUUUUAAUGUUUUAUUUAAGUUAGGCAUUUUUUUAACAAUUACUUUUAUUUAUUUAUUUAUUUAUUUUUUGUUAUUUGUUUCGUAUUUUCGAUUUGAAUAAGUAUUUUCCAAUUUAUUUAAUUACUUCAACUACUGGUUUAUUAUUAUUAUUAUUAUUAUUAUUAUUAUUAUUAUUAUUAUUAUUAUUAUUAUUAUUAUUAUUAUUAUUAUUACUACUACUGCUACUUUUUAAACUGACGAAGUAAUCUGGUUUUGAAUGCAAGUAAUUUGAGUUUUUAUGUUAUGUAAUUGACAAUAAGUUGUUGUUGUUGUUAUUAUUAUUAUUAUUAUCAUUAUCAUUAUAUUUUAAACUCACAAAUUCAUACAGACGUGAAUGCAAAGUAGGAUUUUUAUUUAUUAAUUUUAUUGUAAUCAAUUAUUUUUUUGGUUUUACUCAUUUUCGUUGAUUUUCGUUUUUUCGUAUAUUUUGGUGUUUUGUCGCAAAUAUACAAGUGGUAUUAAGUAUUUUUAUAAACGAUAUGAUAGUGA